CGUUAGUCAUGCUGGCGAAAGGGUUGAAGCGCAUCGUCCCCGUUGUCGGCGUGGUGCUGGUCCUCGUCGUGCUAGGGCUUCAGUUGUACCAUCGCAACUAUCUCCAUCGCAAUAGUAGUCUUCCUUUCAGUCAUUCCUUUCCAAAGCCUGAUCAAAGCCCAAGCCCGGAUCCUAGCGGAAAUCGCUGGGGUCAGCAAUACGAACAACAACAAUAUGAUAACCAACACACGGGUCUCGAAGCGUCUUCGGACCCCAAGAUAGACAUGUCCGCCACCCAUACGGAGUUGUACUCUGUAUCAACCCCAGACAAAAAGUUGUUUAAAAUCGAAUUUGGUGGCCGACAGGCCAUUAAUCCUAGUAUUAUUCCCCAUCCCGAGCAGCCGAAUACAUGGAUCAUCACCGCACAACUGCACAAGCCUGCCGACAAGCACAAGAGCUCGGUCUGGUUCGCCGAACUAGUUUGCGACGCUGUCUUUCGGGAUGGCGGACGAACCCUAGGCUGUGUUGAGCCUCCCUUGAUUCUUCCGAUCGCCGCGACGGUCGGCGAUAGUAACAACUGCUUGGGCGAGCUGUCCUACUUCACCCUCAACAUCGGACCCCACGAUGCGCGUGUCUUCUAUGGGCCCGAGGCACCGUAUGCCGUCUACGGGUCCAAUUCCCGAUUUACCUGCUUCGGACAAUGGGUCCAUGACUUCCGGCCACUGGUCGACUGGAAGGGAGACAUGGAUAUCUUGUCCGAUCAUGGGUUCCGCCAGGCCACCGAGUUGCAACGUCCGCUUCCCUAUGGGGCCGUCGAGAAGAACUGGUUUCUCUUCUGGGACGCUACAGGACAAGCGUAUGUCCAUUACGAUGUGGCUCCCAACCGAGUCUUCGCCCGACUGGAACUUGACGGCUCGGUCGGUCCAGACUUGGCACCCCUUGCGGCUGCGACCGACCUGCAGUGUUUACAGCGACAUCUUCCGGCAUUGAAGGACGCGGAGUUGGAGUCGAUUCACCAGGCGACCAACUCGUUGACCAUCACUCUAUGUCAGCGGUCGGAUCCGCUGUGCCAGGCGACCGAUCUCAAUACGUUCAUCCUCACCAUCUUCCAACACAAGAGUUUCUAUGCAUUCCAUAGUGUAUACGAGCCAUACGUCAUGCUAUUCCGCCGGUCAGCUCCAUUCGAUGUCCAUGGCAUAUCGACCAAGCCCCUCUGGAUCUCAGGUCGUGGCACUCCUGGUCAUGGAAAGAAACCGAAGGCACUGGCCGCAGGAGAGUCACAGGCGUGGGAUCACACGGAGAUGUUAUACGUGACGUCCAUCAGCUGGAAAGCACAGGGCAACAAGUACCAUGGGUACUUAGAUGAUGUGAUGUUCAUCGCCUUUGGUCGGGAGGAUGAGGAUACAGCUGGUAUUGAUAUUGUCGCGGGUGAUUUAAUGAAGGAUAUGGGGCUUUGCGGGAUGUUGUGAUUUUUUUUUUUUUCUAUUCCCCUUACAGUUUUACCUUUCUGUCUUUCCCCUUCCAUGAUCCGCUCGUAUGAUCACUAAUUCUUUUACCUCUUCCUUUUCUUCUUUCUCUAUUAUUUCCUACUUUGACAACAAUCUCGGUGAUUGUGGUUGGUUUUUAUGUCUAGCAGUUACGCCAGCACGACGGAGUUUACACCUUUUCACAUUACCCUUCACAUUUACCCUCAACUCACUAUACCACUCCCCCCAGCAAGAGCAAGAGAUUGUCCGACAUCAAGAUAAACUUAGGUUCGAUCAGCAUACCCACAUAAUAGAGUCACGAUCGUCAGAUUGACAUGAAGAUCACUGUCGGAUGAGAACCUUAGUAGACGGAUGAACAGCCGAACCCUGGAUGGGCUUAUCUAGCUAGCAUGGUUGCGCAUUAGUGGGAAAGUCUGCGGCUUUGCAAUCCUUGUCGUGUGUACCAUCGCCGUGGGUGUGAUGUUUUGCCGCGGGCCGAGAGUGAAGCUUUUUUAUAUAUCUCGGCUUGUAUAUGGGUAGGACCUCCCAGUGGAGUCAAGCUACUACCGGCAUAAAUCCUUUUAUGUCUU